UUUUAAAUUCCCAUCAGACAUCAGAUAUGCAAACGUUCCGGCGCGUUGUGUCGUGUAAAAAUGAAGUGAUGAAUAGUUAUAGUAUUUAAAAGUCAUAAACUUGUACAUAAUGUGAAGAUUCGUUAAACUCGCAAGGAAAUAAAUAAAAUACAGUUCUUUCUGUAUUGAGCUGAGUGUAGAUCGUUCUGGAGUAUUUAUAACCUCACAUUGUAGGUUAUGUCGUGAAUCAGAAAACUCAUUUAGAAUUUGCACAAAUGAAUUGAACGCUAGUUAUUUUUCAUCUAAAGAGCGUGCAAAAAGACAGUGUCAAAAUGUCGUAUUUAACUAGAAAAGAAAUAGACGAGAUGAAGCCUCAGAUUGAAAAAGCUGUGAAUAAGUUUUUGGGUUUUGGUGAACCAGCCAUUGUUACUGCUGCUGUCAAUUGCAUUACAUCGGGUUACGACAAGCGUAAAACAGCGGAUAAACUUUCGGCACUUUUGGAGGACAAGAAAGCUACAAAAUUAACAGAAAAAAUUUUCACGAUUUACGAUGAUACCAAAGCAGCCCAAAAAAGCAAAAAACGCAUCCAUGCGGAUGAAAAAGAAAAGGAUAAAGAUGCAAAGAAGCCAAAACUUCGAGAGGACGAGCUUAAAAAUGACACCAACAUCGAAACCCAAUUAUCUCCUGAUAAGAUAAAACAAAUGAUGGCAAACGCACAGAGAGAAAUAGAGGAAAGAAAGCGAGCUCUGAAAGCGAUAAAGCAGGAGGAUGUGCAAUCGAUGAGGCCGGUGUUGAAAACUCGGGAAACAACGACUAACGUCGCAAGUAUGUACAAUCAGGGUUUACUGAGCAAAACGGAUUCGGACAAGGCGCGUAAAAUAGCUGCUCUCCAGGCACAAAUACGGAACAAGCUGAGUUCGGGAGUAUUGAACAACGUGAGCGUGCCGGACAAACCAACGCCGUUGAUUCUCGAUGAGGCUGGACGAACCGUUGACAUCACGGGCAAAGAAGUCCAGUUGACUCAAGUAGUCCCGACCCUUAAAGCGAAUAUAAGAGCGAAAAAGCGAGAGGAAUUUAAGGCGCAAUUGCAAGAAUCAAAAGGUCCAGAGGAAAUUCAAGAUACUCAUUUCUUCGAUACGCGAAUCGGCGUUAAAUCCGCUAUUCGUGGCAAACGUGCUCUAAAGUUUCACGAGCCUGGAAAAUUUCAACAAAUCGCUGAACGUAUUCGGAUGAAAGCCCAAUUGGAAAAAUUGCAAAACGAGAUUAGCCAAAUCGCCAGGAAAACUGGUAUCAGUUCUGCAACCAAAUUGGCCCUCAUUGCACCCAAAACCGAGGCCCAGAGCGAAGAUGUACCCAAUGUUGAAUGGUGGGACUCCGUCAUUCUCAACGGAUCUUAUCCCACUGAUGAUGAAUCCUCUAGCGUUAAAGCUACUGCCAUUACCAAUCUCGUCGAGCAUCCAACCCAGAUGAGACCACCCACGGAUCCUUUGAAGCCUAUUUACAUGCCGGUGUUCUUAACGAAGAAAGAACGAAAAAAAUUGCGUCGUCAAAAUCGUCGGGAAGCGUGGAAAGAAGAACAGGAAAAAAUACGUUUAGGUCUCGAAGCGCCGCCGGAACCGAAAUUGCGUAUAUCGAAUUUGAUGCGGGUUCUCGGGACCGAGGCCGUUCAGGAUCCAACGAAAAUUGAGGCUCACGUUAGACAACAAAUGGCCAAAAGGCUGAAGGCUCAUGAGGACGCGAACGCGGCCAGACGGCUCACGGCUGAUCAAAGACGAGAGAAAAAAGCCAGAAAACUCAAAGAAGACACCUCGCUCGGAGUUCACGUGGCUGUUUACAGAAUACGAGAUUUGAUAAACAACGCAUCGAAAAAAUUCAAAGUGGAGACGAACGCGAAGCAGCUUUACUUGACGGGCUGCGUGAUGCUUUUUCGUGACUGCAACGUGGUCGUGGUCGAGGGUGGGGCAAAACAAUUGAGCAAAUAUCAGCGUCUGAUGUUGCAUCGUAUUAAGUGGGAAGAGGACAUAGUAAAGGACAAUGAUGGUAACGACGUGCCAAACAAAUGUGUCCUCGUUUGGCAGGGCACAAGUAAACAGCGUAAUUUUGGUGAGAUGAAAUUCAAGGUUUGCCCAAUUGAAAAAAUGGCUCGUGAACACUUCAAGAAACACCAGGUCGAGCAUUAUUGGGAUCUCGCUUACAGCGGAGCGGUUCUCGAUAACACGGACGAUGUGCGCUCCUAGAACUUUCGUAAACCAUUUUUUUUCCUUUUUUUCCAACGCGCUGAGCGUGAAUUCAAUCUUAGGCAUUAAAUACAUCCGAGAGUAUACAAGUGGUGCGUUUUACGAAUGAGAAUCGAUUCAAUAAAAAUCAAUGGGAUUGCAGUUUA